AUUCCUUCAUGCGAUCUCGAAGGUAAUCCGGAUCUGCCUCGAGAACUUUGGCAAGAGGCCGUCCACUCGGAAGAACAUGUGGCAAGGUACUAUUACAUUCCACCCCAUGUUAAUGGUGGAGUGGAGCUGUUGCGCUGGCGUGACCUACUUCCGCUUCUUCUUCAGGCAAACGAGGUGCACGUUGGUACAGAUGCUGUCUGUGCUGAGGCCAAGUCAGUCUAUCUAUCACCUCAAGCAAUAGAUGCAUCAACUGGCCAGGCUGCAAGCCUCCUGUUUAGUCGCGAUGCGGAACAGCUGAGCCGAAGUUUGUUGCUGAACGAAAGAGUGUCGAAGAACAAGAACUACGCGAUUGUAGAAGCUUCCAUGGGAAGACAGGAGCAUUUAGCUGAUUCUAUAAAGUUGUCAGAAUGUCAAAUCCCUACAGUCCAAUAA